AUGUACCAUAUCUCAUAUAUUUUCAUCGUUUACUAUAUUAUUUACAACAACACUACACUUGGUUAUAUAGGUUAUCCGAGUGGUACAACUUUCAAUACAACAGCAAUUUCUGAUAUUUUAAAUCGACUUGUUGAUAAAUCAACUUAUGAUAAAAGAUUAAGGCCUAAAUAUGGCGCUGAACCAGUUGACGUAGGUAUAACUAUACACGUAUCAAGUAUCAGUGCUGUAUCUGAGGUUGAUAUGGACUUUACACUUGAUUUUUAUUUACGGCAAACAUGGCAAGAUCCACGUUUAGCAUUUGGUGAUAUGUAUUAUGGCUAUCAAAAAGGGAAAAUUGAAUCUUUGACAGUUGGUGUAGAUUAUUUGGAGAAACUUUGGAAACCGGAUACAUUUUUUCCGAAUGAAAAGAAAUCAUUCUUUCAUACUGCAACAACCCAUAAUUCCUUUUUAAGAAUCGAUCCGGAUGGUACCGUUUUUACUUCCCAAAGAUUAACGGUGACAGCAACAUGUCCCAUGAAACUACAACUUUUCCCGAUGGAUUCACAGAAAUGCAAACUUGAAAUCGAAAGUUAUGGUUAUACAACGGCUGAUAUAGCUUUAUUCUGGGGCAAAGAUCGUAGGGAUCAGGGUCAAGUAGUCGGGUUCGAGAAUAUUUCGCUGCCACAAUUUAAACCGGUCGGUUAUCGGGUAAAUGUUACCAGGGCAACUACUUCUUCAGGUGUAUAUGUUCGAUUAUAUUUUGAAGUGCUGUUGGGUCGUAAUCUUGGCUUCUACCUCAUGAAUAUUAUCAUUCCUUCAAUGCUUAUUGUCACCAUUUCUUGGGUAUCAUUUUGGCUUAAUCGUGAAGCAUCACCAGCACGAGUUGGCCUUGGUGUUACUACUGUAUUAACAAUGACAACACUUAUUACUACAACUAAUAAUGCAAUGCCAAAAGUUAGUUAUAUCAAAGGUCUUGAUGUUUUCUUGAAUUUUUGUUUUGUAAUGGUAUUUGCAAGUUUAAUUGAAUAUGCAGUAGUUAGUUAUAUGAAUAAAAAAUUGGCGCAAAGACGUGAAAGGCGACGUAAACAAGCGGAACAACGAAUGCCUGUUGAAAUGCCAAUGUACGGUCAAAUUACUUCUAGUGCUGAAACAAAAAUGUCAUAUCAAAAUAUGACUCUUAUCAAUGAUACUUAUGCUUCGCCGGGUAAAUCCUCCAUCAAACAAAUGGAUACGUUCCUUGGUGGACCAAGUCAAAAUCCUAACAUUAGUGUAACAGAAGCAAUGAUGCCAGAAUGUGAUUGUCGUACAAUACCGCUCAUACAGAAUCCGAGAUUGGUGACAGAUCGAACAUUAUGGCCAGCGCCGUUCAUGAAACCAAAACGAGCAUCACGUACGUGUAGAAGUGUGACGCCGUCUAAAAUUGAUAAAUGCUCACGCUUCUUCUUCCCUAUGCUAUUUUUCACUUUUAAUUUAUUUUAUUGGACAAUUAUGACAGUGCUUAGUUCAUUCGUGGAUACCAAUGGUUAUACUAUUGCAACAAUACAUUAUCAUUGGUGUCAACUAAAAGAUGUCCACUGUGAAGCAGCGGUCAAAGUUGAACCAUUCGAAUUGACCAGUUAUCGAUUUACCAGUUUAUGCAUUAAUAAAACAAUAGCAACAACUUCAUCUGGUUCUUAUUCACGUUUAUGGGCACAAUUCUUAUUCGAACGAGAAUUUAGCUUUUACAUGAUUCAGAUUUACAUACCUGCAAUACUUGUCGUCUUUAUUAGCUGGGUAUCAUUCUGGAUCAAUCCUGAAUCAGCUCCAUCACGUACCGUUAUUGGAACAUUUACUAUAUUGAGUGAAACACAUCUUCUGAUGAGUACAAAUAGACGAUUACCACCUGUCUCCUACAUUAAGGCUGUAGAUGUUUAUCUUGGAUUUUGUUACUUAAAUGUGGUAUUAGCACUUAUCGAAUAUGCUACUGUAACAUAUUCCAGAAAGAAAUAUGAAGAUGAGAAGAAGAAUAAAAGCAAAAAUAUUUUUGAACUUACACCGCAAUUACAAGCACCAGAUUUACUUCAAGAUGCUCGUAUAGAUGAAUGUACAUGCGAACAAGAUGUUUCGGUAUUUGUGGUAGCUAAACCAAAAUGUCCACUAAAAUGUGCUACUUUUUGUAAGCAUAAUCGAGUGGAUCUUAUCGCUCGAAUUGUAUUCCCUGUUUCGUUUCUCACGUUCAAUUUCAUUUAUUGGACAGUACUUCUCUCCUUAUCAAAAUGGAGAAUAUAUGGAGAUAAUGCAGAACAAAGAGCAUGUUAA